CCUUACAAACCACCUAUACCUUACCCUCAAAGGCUUGUUAAAACCAAAGAUGUAGGUCAAUUUAGAAAAUUUGUUGAUCUCCUUAAGCAAUUAAACGUUACAAUUCCAUUUACCGAAGCUAUUACGCAGAUGCCCUCAUAUGAUAGUGAAACCGUUACACUCCCUGCCGAAUGUAGCGCUAUAAUCCAAAACAUGCCCCCUAAACUCAAGGAUCCAGGUAGCUUCUCUAUACCCUGUCACAUAGGAAAAUUUGUCAUCGACAAAGCCUUAUGCGAUUUAGGAGCCGGAAUUAGCGUUAUGCCUUUAUCCAUAUGUAAGAGACUGGAAAUGGGAGAAUUAAGACCGACCAAGAUGUCUGUACAACUAGCAGAUCGUUCCAUCAAAUAUCCUGUAGGAAUCCUUGAGAACGUUCCCGUACGCAUAGGUCAGUUUUACAUUCCCACUGACUUCACAAUUAUGGAUAUUAGAGAAGAUGAUACUACACCUAUUAUACUAGGAAGACCAUUCUUAGCAACUGCCGGUGCAAUCAUAGACGUAAAACGAGGAAGACUCACCUUCGAAGUAGGUGAAGAGAAAAUUGAAUUCAUUCUUUCCAAAUUCUUGAAAGCACCUGCAAUAGAAGAUACA